AUGCCUGGACAUAUCACAGAAUGGAGUGCACAGGAUAUAGUGGACCUCCUCAGUGAUGUACUGGAUGAGCAAGAAAAGAGUGGCAUUUUACGGCAUAACAUCAACGGUCUCGUUUUGAAGGAUUUCGGUACGUUACUGUUCCUCGUCAAGGUGCUUGGGCUCAGUAAGCGUGCGUCAUUCCAACUGCUCCUCCGCCUAAAAGACCAUUUGGGAGUCAAAUUCAUCUACCUGGACCCAGAUAAUGUUGGAGACCGAGAAAUUCGUGUUGUGGCCCCAGUGCGAGUAUCGUUCGAGGACCUCGGAAUACAUGGUGCCGGCGAUGCCGCGGAGACCGCUUGGCGAACAAGACGUCGCCAACUUUUCUUGCUAAGACGUAGCAUAUUGGGACGCUGA